AUCAAAUUGCCACGUGUCAUUUCAACACAGAGAUGAUGAAAGUAAAAUGAAGGAGAAAACCCCUCCCUCCCGUCUCUGAAACACCCCCCAAAAUGGCACCACCACCGGCAGCAGCGGCACUGCUCAAUCCCUCCUCCAUCUUCAUCUCUGCACACAAACCUUCUUCUUCUUCUUCUUCUUCUUCUUCUUCUUCUUCUUCUUCUUCUUCUUCUUCAUCAUCAGACCAGGUGCCAAACAGCCCCUUAGUAAGACCAGCAAAACCCAAAGCUCUCAUCCUCCAAGAACAACACCCACCACAGACCCUCCAACUGAAGGACAAGAUCCUGUGCCUGGAGACCAUGGGCGUUGACUCCGGUCAAGCCCUCUCCCAGAACCCCUCCCUCCGCGCCGCCCCACUCCACUCCCUCCACUCCCUCCUCUCCUUCCUCCUCUCCAAAGGCAUCCACCAAAACGACCUCAGGAGAAUCUUCGGCAUGUGCCCCGACAUCCUAACCUCCGACAUCGAAUCCCACCUCAACCCCGUCUUCCUCUUCCUCUCCCAAGAUCUCCACAUCCCACACCCCAAUUUCCGGAGAGUCAUCAAGAAAUGCCCCAGACUCCUCGUCUCCAGCCCGGAAAACCAGCUAAAGCCGGCCCUUUUCUUCCUCAAGAAUCUCGGCAUCAAGGAUCUCCACUCCCUGGCCUACCAAGACCCAGUCUUGCUCGUCUCCAGCGUCGAAAACACCCUCGUCCCCAAGCUCGAUUACCUGGCCAGCCUGGGGUUUUCAAGAACCGAGGUGGCAGGGAUGGUGGUCCGGUGCCCGGGGCUCCUCACGUUCAGCAUUGAGAACAAUUUCAAGCCGAAGUUCAGAUUCUUCGCGGACGAAAUGGGGCGCGGCCUGGAGGAGCUGAAGGAGUUCCCACAGUACUUCACAUUCAGCUUGGAGAAGAGGAUCAAGAAGAGGCACAUGGAGGCCGUGCAGAGGGGAGUGGUGGAGGGUCUUCCAUUGGGGAUGAUGCUCAAGACUAGUGAUGAAGAGUUCUGUCAUUUGAUGAUGAAGAACCAUCAGAGAUUUGAAAGUUAGGGAAACGAUAUAUAAGUUUGAGCUUUUGGUUGAAUUGGUCUAUUAAAACUUGCAAAAAAAACUUGUGUUUAAGGGGGGAUGUAUGCAUGCACUCAAGCCUGUACUAAGAAAGAUACUCAUCAAGCUUGUGUUUACAUUAAUAGAUCAUAACCAUUAGGUGCUUUAUAACAUAUAAAAUAAUGUUUUCACUUAUAAUGAAGAGUUCUGUCAUUU